UGCCGCACUGAUCUUUGCUGCCUCAGUUAGUCGUUCGAUUAUUUAUGUUUGAUUACUCUGGCCUGGCUACUGACGUUCUUUUUUGAUUGCUUCUGACUGCGCGCGGAGUCCAUUGAUCGAACAUGGCGGCUACUCCAGCAACAAAUCCGUCUCAGCUGCUCCCACUUGAGCUUGUGGACAAAUGUAUCGGCUCCCGAAUUCACAUCGUCAUGAAAACCGACAAAGAAAUCGUUGGCACCCUGCUGGGUUUCGAUGACUUUGUCAAUAUGGUCCUGGAAGAUGUGACAGAGUUUGAAAUCACACCAGAGGGAAGGAGGAUAACCAAACUGGACCAGAUCCUUCUCAAUGGCAAUAACAUCACUAUGCUCAUACCUGGAGGAGAAGGUCCUGAAGUAUGAGAAUCAUCACUGAGCAGUGACACAGUUUUGUGUUGUGGAUUCAAGUCCUUUCCUUUGUUGUGUUCCUUAGUUGAUUAUCACAUAAUUAUUGUUGUUGGAUUGUUCCUUCUUGAUCUUGAGGGAAACUAUUUUUGUAAUAAGAUUGAACAUUUGUUUGAAAAAAAGUAUAAUUAGAAGUGUGUCAGGGACCACACCUGACGAAAAAGCAUUUUUUUAACAAAUAAAUGAGAAACAGUG